UCCUGUCCACAGGCGCCGGGCUUCUGAAGUGGUAGGAGGGCUGGCGGCAAAGGUCAGUUCAGUCAAGCGGGUCUUACGUUUCUCGAAAGAGCGGUAGCCGAAAGAACGCCUUUUCUUCCUCUUGCGUUUCCCCCCCCCUUUGCUAUGCCUCGAUUUGCACGGCCGCCCGGGCUCUCGGUACCCCGCCCACUUUUUGAGGCUCUUCCGCUUCCUCUUUCCUCAGGCUCCGCCCUCAGCGUCCUGUGGCCAUGGCGACCGCUCCGCGGGACUCCCUGGUUUGGAAGCUCGCGGGGCUGCUGCGGGAGUCCGGAGACGGGGUCCUGUCUGGCUGCAGCACACUGACCCUUCUGACCACAACACUGCAGCAGCUGACCCGUGUCUUUGAGCUGUACUUGGGGCCAUGGGGUCCUGGCCAGACAGGCUUUGUGGCUCUGCCCUCUCACCCUGCCGACUCACCUGUAAUCCUCCAGCUUCAAUUCCUCUUCGAUGUGCUACAGAAAACACUUUCCCUCAAGUUGGUCCACAUCCCUGGUCCUGGUCUGCCAGGGCCCAUCAAGAUUUUCCCUUUCAAGUCCCUUCGGCAGCUGGAGCUCCGAGGUGUUCCCCUUCACUGCCUGCAUGGUCUCCGUGGCAUCUACUCUCAGCUGGAGACUCUGAUUUGUAGCAGGAGCAUUCAGGCUCUAGAGGAGCUCCUUUCAGCCUGCGGCGGGGACCUCUGCUCUGCCCUUCCCUGGCUGGCUUUGCUUUCUGCGGACUUCAGCUACAAUGCACUGACUGCCCUAGACAGCUCCCUGCGUCUCUUGUCAGCUCUGCGUUUCCUGAACCUGAGCCAUAAUCGAGUCCAGGACUGCAAAGGCUUCCUGAUGGAUUUAUCUGAGCUUUACCACUUGGAUAUCUCCUAUAAUCACCUGCACUUGGUGCCAAGAAUGGGACCUUCUGGGGCCGCUCUGGGGAUCUUGAUUCUGCGAGGCAAUGAGCUUCGGAGCCUGCGAGGCCUAGAGCAGCUGAGGAACCUGCGGCACCUGGAUGUGGCCUAUAACCUGCUGGAAGGACACAGGGAGCUGUCACCGCUAUGGCUGCUGGCUGAGCUGCGCAAGCUCUACCUGGAGGGGAACCCUUUGUGGUUCCAUCCUGGACACCGCGUGGCCACUGCCCAGUACUUGUCACCCCAGGCCAGGAAUGCUGCCCAUGGAUUCCUUCUUGACGGCAGGGUCUUGUCACUGAAGGAUCUUCAGACCUCUGCAUCCUCAGGACCUAGCCCCAUAGCUCCACCUGUGUCCUGGCCAGUGGGGAGUACCACGGAAACCUCAGGUGGCCCAGAGCUGAGUGAUAGCCUCUCCUCAGGGGGUGUUGUGACCCAGCCCCCACUUCGGAAGGUUAAGAGCCGAGUUCGUGUGAGACGGCCGAGCAUCUCUGAGCCCAGUGAUACAGACCCAGAGCCCCGAACUCUGGACCCUUCCCCUGCUGGAUGGUUUGUGCAACAACAUCGGGAGCUGGAGCUCCUCAACAGCUUCCGGGAGCGGUUUGGCUGUGACUGGCUGCAAUAUAGGAACCACUUGGAGACCUCAGGGAGCCCCCCUCUGGCUGCCCCCAAGACACCUGCUAUCCAUAUCCCUCCCCCGGAGUCCCUGGGCCCUGAGUCUCCCUCCAGUCCUCUGGCCCCAAAGAAGGAAGCCAGAAGCCCUGAGAAGUCACCACAGAAGGUGACAGAGGAGAGCAGGGUAGAGCCAGAGUGCCAAGAAGAAGAAGAAGAAGAAGAAGAAGAAGAAGAAGAAGAAGAAGAAGAAGAAGAUGAGGAGGAGAGAGAGGAACAGGAACAAGAAGAAACAAAGGAGGAACAGGAGGAGGAGGAGGAAGAGGAGCAGGAGCCAAAGGAAGUAGAAGCGGAGCUCUGUCGGCCCAUGUUAGUGUGUCCCCUGCAGGGGCUCGAAGGCCUGCGAGGCAGGGAGUGUUUCCUCCAGGUCACUUCUGCCCACUUGUUGGAGGUGGAACUCCAAGCAGCCCAAACCAUGGAGCGGCUGGAGCUGCAGAGUCUGGUGGCAGCUGAACUAGAGCCUGAGGCUCAAGCUCAGAGAGAACUGGGGCUCGAGGGUUCAGAUCUGCUUCCAGGGGCCCCUGUCCUUGUGCUGCGCUUUUCCUACAUCUGCCCUGACCGGCGGCUACGCCGUUACUUGGUGUUGGAGCCAGAUGCCCAUGUGGCCAUCCAGGAGCUACUCACUGUGCUGACACCAUUUACCACUGCGGCACAGCAGCAGCUUGGGCAGGCAAGGGAGCUGCUGGGGGGCAGAUUCCAGUGCUUGCGUUGUGGCUGUGAGUUCAAGCCCAAGAUGGAAUUGGAAAGCGAAGAAGGCUGGAGGCCUGUGUUCCAAAAGACAGAAUCUCCUACUGUGUGUCCGAACUGUGGAAGUGACCAUGUGGUUCUCCUGGCUCUGUCUGGGGAAACCCUCAACAGGGAGCAGAAGCAGGGAGAGCAGUCACCAGCUCCCUCCCAGUCCCCUGUCUGUGACCAGCCAGGCCAAGGUGACCAUCUCAGUAGGGCUGGUGGCAUCCCACCUGAGGUUCCUGUUUCCCAUGGCUGCAGCAGCUGGAGCCUCAGUCCCCCCCCUGAGCCCUGUGGCUUCCGCUCGGUGGAUCACCGACUCCGGCUCUUCCUGGAUGUUGAGGUGUUCAGUGAUGCCCAAGAGGAGUUCCAGUGCUGCAUCAAGGUGCCGGUAGUGUUGGCAGGCCACAGGGAGGAGUUUCAGUGUCUUGUGGUUGUGUCUGACCACAGGCUCUACCUGUUGAAAGUUACGGGGCCAAUCUGCGGGCCUCCAGCCAGCUGGCUCCAGCCCACCCUGGCCAUUCCCCUGCAGGACCUGAGUGGCAUGGAGCUGGGCCUGGCAGGCCAGAGCCUGCGGAUGGAGUGGGCAGCCGGGCCGGGUACCUGUGUGCUGCUGCCUCGCGACGCCAGGAAGUGCCGGGCCUUCCUUGAGGAGCUUGUUGGUAUCUUGCGGUCUCUGCCCCCUCCUCAGAGGAACUGUGUCUGCACCACCGAGGAGGAGGUGACCCCGCAGCACCGACUGUGGCCAUUGCUGGAAAAAGACACUUCCUCACUGCCCCCCCAAUUCUUCUACCUUCAGGUGUUCCUGGUUGAAGGCCUCUCUACCUGCCCUGUGUCCCUGUUGCUGACGUUGUCCACCCUGUACAUGUUAGAUGAGGAUCUUGCAGGGUCCCAGAUGGAGCCUCCCCUCCUAACAGCAUCUGGUGAAGCCGCUGAGCAGGCCUCUCUCCUGAGGCCUGACCCUUCCCUGCGGGUCAGGGAGCAGCAACCACUCAGCAGCCUGAGCUCAGUGCUGCUCUAUCGCUCCGCCCCUGAAGACAUACGGCUGGUCUUCUACGAUGAGGUGUCUCGGCUAGAGAGUUUCUGGGCUCUUCGUGUUGUAUGUGGGGAGCAGCUGACAGCCUUGCUAGCCUGGAUCCAGCCCCCCUGGGAGGACUUGUUUUCUAUUGGACUCCGGACUGUGACCCAGGAGGCUCUGGACUUUGAUGACAGGUCACAUUGACCCCAACUGUGACUCAGGAGCCAUGCUGCAGACCCUCUUCCUGGCCUUUGGCUCUGGUUUCCAGACUGGCUGUGGACCUCCAGCCUUUGGCCACUGGCCACUGAGGCCCCAAAUGACCCAUGACAUAAGGGAAGGGUGAGUGAAAUCGGCCUCCAAGUGAUUCGGCCUAAGGGAAAGGUUAAGUGGUCAAUGAGAAUGGUUUUCCUACACUUUUCUCAGGUAUGAAUAAAGUUGUUUCUAUUACA